GCGUAAGUCACGUGACAUUCAAUGCAAACUUAGGUCUAAAUCGGAGCACAUUUUCCACACAUUUAUUGUUUGUUAACAACAAUUGAAUUAAUAUUUUAAAUAAUUUGUCAAUUAUUUCAUACUUUGAAUCAAUCAUUGAAUCAAUCAUUCAAUUGAUUUGUUGACAACAAGUCAUUCAUAAAGAAAUUAUUUCAAAACAAACGACAAAUACUUUGUGCGAUAAUAAUGACAGCAAACGAGAGACCAUCAAAGGAGCAGAGCUUUAAAGACAGAGAGAAACCACAACAGAUCCGAUCGAGUAAUAUGACGGCCGCUAAAGCAGUGGCCGAUGCCAUCAGGACUUCUUUGGGACCAAAAGGCAUGGAUAAGAUGAUACAAGCGGGUAAUGGCGAUGUCACGAUUACUAAUGAUGGCGCCACCAUUUUGAAACAGAUGCAAGUGAUACACCCGGCCGCUAAAAUGUUGGUCGAGUUGUCUAAAGCACAAGAUAUUGAGGCCGGCGACGGCACGACCAGUGUUGUAGUAAUCGCCGGAUCCUUUCUCGACGCUUCACAGAAGCUGUUGGCCAAAGGUAUUCAUCCGACUCGCAUAUCCGAUGCAUUUCAAAGUGCAGCCAAAAAAUGCUCAGAAAUAUUGGAAUCGAUGACAAUUCCAGUCGAUCUUAAAGAUACGGAUGCAUUGAUAAGAGUGGCCACAACUAGUUUGAAUAGUAAAGUUGUGUCACAACACUCGUCAUUAUUGUCACCGAUAGCUGUCAAUGCUGUUCUUAAAGUAAAAGACGAAAAUAGUGUUGAUUUGAGAGAUAUUAAGAUCAUUAAGAAAUUAGGCGGAACUCUGGACGACACGCAGGCUAUCGAUGGACUGGUUUUACCACAAAGAUUUGCUAAUGAUUUUGGGGCCAAAAAAGUAGAGAAAGCAAAGAUUGGUUUAAUACAGUUUUGUAUAUCACCGCCGAAGACGGAUAUGGAUAAUCAAGUGAUUGUCUCGGAUUACACACAAAUGGAUCGCAUACUUAAAGAAGAGCGCAAUUAUAUAUUGAAUAUAAUUAAACAAAUUAAGAAAACCGGAUGCAAUGUAUUGUUGAUACAAAAGUCUAUUCUUAGAGAUGCACUCAACGAUUUGGCUCUUCAUUUCUUAGCCAAAGCCAAGAUAGCUGUCAUUAGAGACAUUGAACGCGAAGACAUUGAGUUUGUUUGCAAGUCUUUAGGUUGUCGACCGAUUGCAUCUUUAGAUCACUUUACAGCCGACGCCUUGUCUAGUGCUGACUCUGUUGAAGAAAUACCUGGAGCUAAGUUUGUUAAGAUAACCGGUGUUUCGGCAGUGAAUGCCAACAAAACGGUGAAUAUAUUGAUUCGUGGAUCAAAUAAACUGGUUCUCGAAGAGGCCGAGCGUUCACUUCAUGACGCUCUCUGUGUUAUUCGGUGUUUGGUUCUAAAGCCGGCACUGAUUGCUGGCGGCGGCUCUCCAGAGAUUGAGCUAUCGAUACGUUUAACUGAAUUAAGUCGAUCUCUAUUAGGAUUGGAUGCCGUUUGUUAUCGAGCCUUUGCCGAAGCACUUGAGAUAAUUCCAUUCACUUUGUCUGAAAAUGCUGGACUCAAUCCAAUCUCAACGGUCACUGAAUUGAGACAAAAGCACGCGAACGGAGAGAAGAAUGCAGGUAUUAAUGUUAGACUUGGAAUGGUUACCGAUAUACUUGAGGAGAAUGUCGUCCAACCACUUCAGGUGACUCUAUCGGCCAUCAAUUUGGCCGCUGAAACUGUCCGCUCUAUUCUUAAAAUUGAUGACAUUGUUGCUACCGUUCGUUAAUUUAUAACAAUUUUCUAAUUAUUCAUUUUAUCUAAAUUUGAUUAACUUUUUGGCAAUAAAAUUAUUUAAAGCUUUUGAUGAGCCUAUCUAUUGAUUUAAUUUUAUAUAAAUC